AGUCCGCCCCAGAACUUUUUUUUUCUGAUGUCAAGUACUAACCGCAAGUUGUUCACUGCUGAAUAUUUUCUAGUUUAUCUGCCACCUGUUGCUAUGGAGACUCUUACAAGCUUUGAGAAUUAUGAAGAUGAAUUUGUUCCUUCAAGUCUUACUGAUGACCAAACACAUCGGUCAACUGGAAGGCAUACAUGGUUCACAUCUACUGCUGAACAAGACUAUGAUAGUGAUCCAGAAUAUUGGUCAAACAAUGAAGAUGUUUCACUUGUUGAUCAUGCUGAUACCACCAGUGGCCGAGCAAGUGAAAAUCUUCAGUCAAGCAAACAGAAGUUUGGGCGUCAAGAGAAACUGCGAAUGAUAGCAAUGCGAAGACAUAUCGACUUCCUGUCAGAGAAGUUAAUGGAUAAAGAAGAUUCUGUAGCUGAAAUAAGAUAUGAGUUGGAGAAAUGUCGGACAAAGAUUGAGAUGUUGGAAUAUGAGCGUAAUCAUGUGUUUGAUCAGAUUGAAGGAUGUGAAGCCGAGGGCAACAUGGCCAAUGUCUAUCGUCUCCAAUCAAAGCAUGAAAAACUCUGCCUUGAACUGGAGGCUGAGGAGAAUUUGGAAAAAAAAAUUACAGUCGGACUUGAUAAGGCAGAGUUGGAGCUUGCUGAAAUUGAGUUAGAACAAGGAAAGUACUUACUGAUUGAGGAUGAUUUAAAGAAUCAAGAAGAGAAAGUAGAGAUGGAUAGAACAGAACAAGCAAUUAAAAGAGUAAAAAAGGAAAAACUACAAAUACAGUUGGCAGAGAAGAGAAGGAAGAAUUCAGAGAUGCAGUAUGAAGCCGAACAAAAGCAAAAGCAAGUGCAGUUAGUUGCUGAAAUUCUACGUGAAGAGCAACAGAUGAAGAAACGGCAAACAAUGUACCCACAACUCUGGCCUGAUUUAAAACGUGAACCAUCAAGAAUUGCGACUACGAAACCGUCAAAGAAGUCAUUGGCCAAGAGUCAAAGCUCAAGAGGGUCAUCAGUAUUCACAGUGGCAAAAGAAAACAUUGAAGCUGGUAGUCUGGCAUCUGAUGGAUCGGAAGCUUCAGAGCAGUCUUUCGAUGAAGAAGAGCUUGCCAAAAGGAAAAAGAAAAUGACUGGACACAGAGGCUACAGUGAUAGUGAUGAAUUUGAAGAAUCUGAAGAUGAAAGCUUAGCCAAGCCUGAAUUUGAUGGUUUAUGGAACCAAGAGCACAGAGCAUACAAGGUACCAAAAGAUGGUGAACAGAGUUAUACUCUGAACUACCCAGGCAAGAUGGAGAAAGAGAUGAUGCAACAGGCCCUGAACAAGCAUAAAGCCGGAAUUGUCAAAAAGCAGAUUGCUGCUGGUAAAGAGUUCAAAGGUUGUCCAUUUUAUAGUAAGCCAGAUGUUAUACAUUUCAAGGAUUUUGAUGUUUUAAAAUCAUACAAGAAGAAGGUGAUCCUAACUAAUGUGUCGUACAGUGUCAACUUUCUAAAGCUUCUCAGCCUAUCAGAACACCUGAAGGAUUUCAUAGAAAUAAUGUUUGACCCUCCAGGCCAGAUGUCAGCUGGUAUGAGCUGUGAGAUGCUUGUCACUUUCAAACCAAUGAUUAAUGAGGAUCUAAUUGGUAAGGUGUCAUUUUUGGCUCAAACUGGUCCUUUUUCAGUUCCAGUCAAGUGCACUACUAAGAAAUGUAAUUUAUCUGUAGAUAAAACCUGUAUUGACUUUGGUUGCCAAGUAAUUGGUGAGAAAUUAAGGAGGACAUUUACUUUAACAAAUAAAGGGGCAAAAGGAACCACCUUUCAGUUCUUGAAAAUCUCAGGUUUAAGACAGACUCUUACAUCAGCUGGCACAUCCCUUGGUGGAUUUACUGUGACUGAGAGGUCUCCACCUGGAGACAGGGGCAAUAUUUUAGAUGAGCAGUUAAAACACCAAACAUCUGCCCCUGGGAGUGUGUCUGUAUCACGGGCUGGAGAUGCCCAGGCUAAAACACCAGACAAAAAUGAGAAGGAUGUUAGUGUACAGGAACCAGCAGGUCUGAUAGUUUCCAAUGAAAUGUCAGCAAAGAGUAAUAAGUCUCUAGUUUUCACUGAACAGAAUGGGAAAAGACUAGAACAUGUUGAAGAAACUGAAGUGACGUUUGCUGAGUCUGACCUUUUGGAAUUUAAAGACAUUGAUGGCAUGGGUGUUGGUGAGAUUGUAGAGGGUGUGCUAGGGCCGUUUGCAUCAAUCAAACUUGAGAUUGUUUUCAGCCCAACUAUACCAGGCAAGGUUGACACAGAUUUUGAAAUUCGUUUCAACGAUGAAGAUUCUUCACCGAUUUCAGUGAAGUCAGUUGCUACAGCCAUUGAUGUGCCAGUGUGGGUUGAACGUGAAAAUGUUGACCUAAAGAUUUGUAUGUUCGACCGUUUGUAUCAAGAUGCUAUUGUGGUGAACAACCGGGCUAAAACUGCUUUGCGUCUCAAGUUUGAAGUCUGCAAAGAAUUGCAAAACCAUUUGGAAUUGUUGCCGAAGACUGGCUACAUCCAGGCACAGUCACAGUUCUCAGCACAAAUCAAGUUUCUUCCAAGGAGGUCCAUAUUUGAAGAAGCAGGAGAAUAUUUUGAUCAAGAGACAGGUGUUCUUGAAGCACCAAUGACAAUCAGAGUUGCAGAUCAGACCUCUCCUGUACACUUUACCGUACAUGCUGUAGUGACAAACUCUGACUUUGAACUCAAACCCAAUGAUAUUGACUUUGGUUUCUGUACCAUAUUUGAGUCAGUGAUCGCUAAGGUUAAGUUAACCAACAAAUCCAUCCUGUCUCAUAAAUUUGGUUUUGUCAACCUGCCAGAUUAUGUUGAUGUUCAGCCCAAUGAUGGCUUUGGAACUCUCUUACCUUUGGAAACCAUUGAAUUAGAUGUCAUCUUUAAAGCGAAGAAGGCAAAAGACUACAGCUUUGAACUUACAUGUAAAUCAGGCAUAAAUAGAGAUUUCAAGAUUAAGUGUAAAGCAGUAGGAGUUCACCCCCCAUUGGAACUUUCCCACUCUGUCAUCCAUUUUGCAGCCACUGCUCUGGGUGACUCAUCCACAGCCACUCUCAGUGUCAUUAACUCCCACACCAGUGCAAAUGAGUUCACGCAUCCGGUGCCUAGGAUCGGCAAGGGGUCCAUUGCUCCUGUUGGACCAACGUCAUUUGAGUUCAUUAUUCCAGAGAAUGUACCCUUGGAAAUAUCACCUGUUGUUGGAACAAUCAACCCUGGCAGUAAGCAACAAGUUUGUGUCAGGUUCAAGCCAAAGGUGACUGACGCUGAGAUCCGAAAUGAGGCUGUGAGAAUGAUAACCAAGUCUCUGGAAGCCCAGGCUCAAAAAGAACUUGAAGAAGCCAAGUUAUUGGCUCAGAAAAAUGCAUCUGAAACCAAUGAGGACGAAGACCAGAAGCUAAAAGGAAAGAAACCAGUAAAGAAGGUAGGAGUUAAAUCGCCAAAUAACAAGGGGCGAGGUGGAAGAGCAGGUAGCGGUGUUCUCAUAUCAGUACCUAAAGCUGUGACCCCGCCGUCACCUGAUGACAUUCAGUCAAGCUCUGAUGAUUAUUCCUCUGCAAGAGGGUCAUUGUACCGUCAGUUUAUCAAUUCAUUCAGCAGUUACUCGAUACCUUGCUUUGUUGCCACAGGAACACCAGUUGAUCCUGGCUCAUUACCAUACAGUGUGCACAACACGCUGUACAUGGAGGUGCAUUGCCCGACUAUCAAGCCACCGGUUGUUGUGAUUUCAAACAGUGGGCGCACUGUUGUAGAGUUUGACGAUGUCUCUAUCGGCCAGCGAAUCAUCAAGUCGGUCACAAUCCAGAACAUCUCCAAUGUUGUUCAGGACUUGAAGAGUAGUGUACUGGAUACGUGUGGGCCGUUCCUGCUGCUGAAUUCAAUGAGGGGUCUAGCGCCAGAUGCCACUCACACACUGCUCAUUGCGUUUUCACCAAUGCAAGCCAAAGUGUAUUAUGAAGUGUUAAGCAUCAAAUGUGCUACUUCCACACUUGGCGUGUCAUUAAAUGGUCAGGGAGUUCAGCCAUUGGUCAGUACAUCCCUGAAGGAUGGUGUUUUGGACAUGGGAUAUGUUAUAGUUGGAGAAGACACCACUGAGACAUUUAAGAUUGAGAACACAUCCUCUUUGUCUGUGGAUUAUUGUAUUCGGCUUGACAGCCUGUCACUUAACCGUCAUGUGAAUGAACAGGUGUUACCCUCUUUCAUCAGGAAAAGUAACAAUGUUGUUGGCACUGCCAAUCUAACUGGCAGAAAUGUCUUUGACUGUGUGCCAUCAGAGGGGACAUUGAAGCCAGGUACAGAACAAGAAAUAGCUGUAAAUUUCUCUCCCGACCACACCAGUAAUUACUUCUCUGAUUGUGCGCGAAUUGAGUUGUACGGCAAGCAUGAAGCCCAUUCAAUCUGUCUGAAAGGGCAGGCUUACCCUCACACCAUGUACGUGACUGGUGGAGAUGAUAUCGACACUGCUGUAGAGUCUCUAGCAGUUGUACCUCAACUUGAGGAGGAAGAAGAUAAUUCCAAAAACCCAGUUGUCCCCACAAUUCCUAUGCUGUUGAUGUUUCAUGCCAUUUGCAAAGAAGACACGACCUUACCAGCAAGGAGAGACAUUCAAGUGGGCUGUAUCAGAAGUAAUGCAGUUAGCCAGAAAAAGAAUGGUGAAUUUUUCUUUGAUCAAUUGAACCUUGUCACACCUAAAGGUUUUCAAGUUGACAUACAGAAGGGCAUGGUAGAAGCUGGACAGAGCAAGGCUAUCAGUAUCACAUGGACACCUCCUAAAGGCCAUGAUCCCAACAUUACAAUUGAUGGUACCAUGUACUUGAACUUAAAAGGAGAUGUAGCGGAGAAGUAUGAGAUUAUACUGCGAGCAUUGGUAGUGUCAGAAUAACUGCUUCAACAUUAAUGUGAACAUUGGUGUUAUGGUGUAGCUUACAUCAUUAGCGGCGAAGUAACUAAAACAAUAAAACCUGCAGACUAUCAACAUUAUCAAAAAUGUUGUAUGCCCAUAUAUAGUCAAGAUAUGCCUAUAUAUGGCCAUGAUGUUAUGUCAUAAUAAACAUAGGCAUGUUGCAUGUCUUUGUCAAGUUAUAUAUGAAAGCCUGGAAGGAUUAUUUUGCAUUCCCAUGCAGCCUAUGAAAAUAUGCAGGAAGUAUUGUUACGGUGUACGCCAAUUUCAGAUGCAUGAUAAAUGCAUAAUUUACAGCCUAAUGAAUUUAUUUCUACUCACUAAAGUUAAACAUCAUAAAGUAAUGUUUAAUAAACUCUAUUGUUUUAAAAGUUUCCAAUAAAUUCUUUACAAUUUUUUUUGUUAAAAGUUUAUUUGAAGUGCCCCCGUAGAGGUCUACGAGUUCCUUUUAAAAAUCAUGACUUGGAAAGUUGUGAUCACUGAUUUGCUGGGCUCUGCAAGACUUUCCUGGACUUGUAAAUUUGUGAUUAUGGUCUUUACAAGUACACUGGAAUGAGGCUUUUAUUGGCAUUAAUUUGGGAUAUUAUAGAGAAACUUGGUUGUUUUUAAACAGCUAAAUUUAUAACACCAAGCAUUAAUAGUUGUGGCCGACGGCUACAUCGGCAUCCUUAGUGUGAGGAUAACUGCUUAUUACGAGAAUUCCCAAAAGCUACAUCAUAGUCUUUUAUUUUUGGAAAAGUGCUUGCAUACCUUUUGGGGUAAAGCCUGAUGAAAAUAACUGAUUAAAUUACAGAAUGUAUUGAAACAUUCCAUCUUGGAACUCAUUCAUUUAAUUUCCUUCUGAAAAUACUAAUUGUUAUGUAAAACAUUCUUUAAUAAUUACUGGGACAACUAUAGUUUUUUUUUCAGAUGAUACAAAACGAUCAUAUUGUCAUAUUUUACUGUACAAUAUUUAACCUUUGUUUAUACUGUGUUCUACUUGUGUUAUACAAGAUUUAAUAUCGCCUGUGUUGUGUAUCACUUUUAUUAUUUUACAAAAAGGGUUAACAAUAAUAAUCUUCUAAUUCAAGUGGAUGCUGUGUUUAAAUAUCAAAAUUUGGAUUGGAUUGGACUUUAAUCUGUAUAGUCCUUGUUGUUACUGUAUAAUAUAAUAUGUAUUUUAUGAAAAUAAUGAUAAUUUGUAAAUAUACUGAUGAAUAUUUGUUUUGUGAUUGAUUUGGCAUAGUAAUAUAAUCCUUGUAAAAAAGUGAAGAUUUGUUUUUGCAGUUAUAGCAAUAAACUUGGAAAUAGUUUGAGAUGAGUA